AUGGACCACCCGCCAGCUCCUCCGUCAGACGUACCGCCGCCUCCACCUCCUUCGGAAGAUGUCGCCAUGCCGCCGCCGCCCAUGGCCGAUGUGCCUCCACCGCCGGCCGCAGACAACAUUGAUGAAGAACUCGGCCCCUCGAUGAUGCCCUCGAAGAAGCAAAAGAAGGGCUGGGGUACCGUGAAGCAAAAGAAUCAACCUCUGGACAUCGAAGAGAUCCUCGCGCGCAAAAAGGCCGCAGAUGCAGCAGCCAUGAAGCCAAAGUUCUUGUCGCGAGCCGAGCGUGAACGGAUAGCACAAGAGAAGCGCGAGAAAGAGGCCGCUGAAUCAAAGAAGAAGUCAGAGAUCGAGCGCGAUUCUUACUCGAAGCCUCAGCCGGAUGGCGUCUACGGCCAGGUCAACACUGGUUCACAUCGCUCCAUGGACGGUCGCCCGGCUAUUCCUACUGGCCCUAGGAGUCAAAGAGGAGGCCAACCUCCCUCAGGCCCUUCGGGGUGGAGGAACAAGGAUCAACAUAACAGAGGAUAUGACAUGGCUCCUCCCCCACCGCCCAAGCAAACUGCCAUUAUCAAAGGCAAUCAGACAGCAAAGAAACCCACCCCGGAAGAAGCUGCCCAAGCCUCGAUCCGCCAAAGAUACAUGGGAGCAGAACAGAAUCAGUCAAACUUCUCGGCACAGAAGAAGCGCAAGCGAACGACAGAAAAGAAAUUCAACUUCGAAUGGAACGCAGAGGAAGACACAAGUGCUAAUACCGACCCGCUAUACAAGGACAGAGCUGCCCCUGCUGCCAGACUAGGUGGCUAUGCCGAUGGAGAUGAAACUGCCGCUGAAAAGUACGCCAAGUUGUUGCAAGAGCGCGAUCCGGAGACUGGCAAGCAACGAGCACAGCAGAUUCUGGAAAUGAAGGAAAGACAAAAGGCAUACGAAAGUCGCAACGCCAUCGACAAACAUUGGAGCGAGAAGGAGCUCACACAGAUGCGCGAGAGAGAUUGGCGUAUUUUCAAAGAGGACUUCAACAUCGGCACAAAGGGUGGCUCAAUACCGAACCCAAUGCGUUACUGGCAAGAAUCUGGUCUGCCUAAGCGACUGCUGCAGGUGAUUGACCAAGUUGGCUAUACGGAUCCCUCGCCCAUUCAAAGAGCAGCUAUUCCUGUUGCUCUACAAGCUCGCGACUUGAUCGGUGUUGCCGUCACUGGUUCCGGUAAAACUGCCGCUUUCCUCUUGCCUCUCCUGGUCUACAUUUCCGAACUGCCCGCCUUGAACGAACUCACUAAGAACGACGGCCCAUACGCCAUCAUUCUCGCACCCACUCGUGAAUUGGCCCAACAGAUUGAAAUCGAAGCAAAGAAAUUCGCAACACCAUUAGGCUUCACUUGUGUUUCCAUUGUCGGUGGUCACCAAAUCGAAGAACAGGCCUACAAUCUCCGCAACGGUGCCGAAAUUAUCAUUGCCACUCCAGGUCGUCUUGUUGACUGUAUUGAACGCCGCGUCCUCGUCCUCUCUCAAUGCUGCUACAUCAUCAUGGAUGAAGCCGAUCGCAUGAUCGAUCUCGGCUUCGAAGAGCCCGUCAACAAAAUCCUCGACGCUCUCCCGGUAGGCAAUGAAAAGCCAGAUACUGAAGAAGCUGAGGAUUCCAAAGCCAUGCAAAUGCACGUUGGCGAACGAGGACGUUACCGUCAAACAAUGAUGUACACAGCCACCAUGCCCGCAGCUGUUGAAAGGAUUGCCAGAAAGUACCUUCGUCGCCCUGCAAUAGUAACUAUCGGAAACGUAGGUGAAGCGGUAGACACAGUCGAACAACGCGUCGAGUUUGUCAGCGGUGAAGACAAACGCAAAAAGCGUUUGGCAGAGAUCUUGUCCAGCAGAGAAUUCGCACCCCCGAUCAUUGUCUUCGUCAACAUCAAGCGCAACUGCGACGCUGUGGCAAAAGACAUCCAACGAAUGGGUUAUUCGGCCGUCACUUUGCACGGUUCAAAAACGCAAGAACAAAGAGAAGCAGCACUGCUUUCGGUGCGCGAAGGCAAGACCGAAGUUCUCGUCGCCACAGAUCUCGCAGGUCGUGGUAUCGAUGUUCCUGACGUUUCGCUGGUUGUCAACUUCAACAUGGCUACAAACAUUGAGUCUUACACUCAUCGUGUUGGUCGUACUGGUCGUGCUGGCAAGAGUGGUGUGGCUAUCACGUUCCUUGGCUCUGAAGAUAACGAUGUGCUUUAUGAUCUCAAGCAGAUGCUUGGAAAGAGUGCUAUCUCAAGGGUACCAGAGGAGUUGAGAAAGCAUGAGGCAGCGCAGCAAAAGAGUCAAAGAGGCGGUAACAGGAAGGCCGUUGAGGAAAGCAGCGGAUUCGGAGGUAAGGGUGGUGGUUGGGCGUAG